AAAAAAAAGAACUUCGAAUUGAGCAAAAAAAAAAAUAUUUUUAUUAAAAAAAAUUGUGUGCAGUGAAAAAAAAUUUUUUGUGCAAAAACUUUCGGUCGAGUUGGAAUUUGUCAAUCAAAAAAUGACUUUUGUGGACUAAUCGAUUGUAAAGAUCGCGUACGAAAUGCAUUAAAUUAAUCCACGGGGGUCGUAAAAGGUGCAAAAACAAAAAUGGAGAGAGAAAAAAACUUUUUUUUGUGAUUUGAAAGAAGAAAAAAAAAUUUUACAUUGAAUUUUUAGUUUCAUCACGUAAAUUAUAUAAGGAGUUUGUCACAUUAAAUAUUGCUAAGGAAUAAAACAACAAGAAAAAGUGCAAAAAAAUAAAUAUUACAAAAGAAUAAAACAAAGGGAGAAAAAAAAGUUCUCGAGAAAAAGUGAAUUAGAAAAACAAAAAUAAUAAAAACUAGACAAACACACUCACAAUGGCGGAUUUAGAGGCUGUAUUGGCCGAUGUCAGUUAUCUGAUGGCAAUGGAGAUGAGCAAACAGACGCCGGAGUCAAGCAAGAAAAUUAUUUUGCCAGAUACGAGUGUUCGAAGUGCUAUGCAUAAAUAUCUUGAGCGUGAAAAUGAAGUUACAUUUGACAAAAUUUUCAACCAAAAGAUUGGUUUCCUCCUUUUCAAAGACUACUGCGAAAACUAUCGCGAAGAUCCCGUGCCACAAUUAAAAUUUUACGAGGAAAUUCGAAAUUUCGAGAAGACAGAAUGCGCUGAGGAGAGAAAAAAAUUGGCCAAAUCAAUUUACGAUAAUUUCAUUAUGAAAGAGAUGCUGAGUCAUACACAUGAAUAUUCCAAAGAGUGCGUAGCACAUGUUAAUAGUCAUCUACAGAAAAAUGAAGUCCCUACAAAUCUAUUUGAGCCAUAUAUUGAGGAGAUUUUUAGUCAUUUACGCGGCGAUCCAUUCAAGUGCUUUAUGGAGAGCUCGAGAUAUUCGAGAUUUUUGCAAUGGAAGAAUUUAGAAUUGAAUUUGAAGCUUACCAUGAAUGACUUCAGUGUCCUGAGAAUCAUCGGACGUGGUGGGUUUGGUGAAGUCUACGGAUGCCGUAAAGUCGACACAGGAAAAAUGUAUGCAAUGAAAUGUCUCGACAAGAAGCGGAUCAAGAUGAAGCAAGGCGAGACAUUGGCCUUGAACGAACGCACCAUGCUGAGUCUUGUAUCGACAGGCGAGGAUUGUCCUUUUAUUGUUUGCAUGACAUACGCAUUUCAUACGCCCAGUAAAUUAUGCUUUAUACUCGAUCUCAUGAAUGGCGGUGACCUACAUUAUCAUCUAUCACAACAUGGAGUUUUUAAUGAGACAAAUAUGAAAUUUUAUGCAACUGAAAUUAUACUUGGACUUGAGCAUAUGCACAGGAGAUACAUAGUUUAUAGAGAUUUAAAACCUGCCAAUAUUUUACUCGACGAGAAUGGACACGUGCGGAUAAGUGAUCUUGGUCUUGCAUGUGAUUUUAGUAAAAAGAAGCCUCAUGCUAGUGUCGGAACACAUGGCUAUAUGGCACCCGAAGUACUUUGCAAAGGAAUGAGCUACGACAGUUGUGCCGAUUGGUUUAGUUUUGGAUGCAUGAUAUACAAACUUUUAAAAGGUCACAGUCCAUUUAGACAGCACAAGACGAAGGAUAAACAUGAGAUUGAUAGAAUGACAUUGACAAUGAAAGUUGAAUUACCGGAUUCUUAUAGUGGGGAGGUUAAAGGCCUACUUGAUGGACUCCUGCAGCGAGAUGUUGAUAAGAGAUUGGGAUGCUGUGGGCAAGGAGCUGAAGAGGUCAAAAAUCAUCCAUUUUUCCAUGGAGUUGACUGGAAGCAAGUAUAUCAACAAAAUUAUGCACCACCAUUCAUUCCACCAAAGGGUGAAGUCAAUGCUGCCGAUGCAUGUGAUAUUGGUAAUUUUGAUGAGGAUGAUACGAAAGCUGUGAAAAUUACUGAACAAGAUCAGGAAAUUUAUCGCGAUUUUUCACUUACUAUUAGUGAGAGAUGGCAACAGGAAAUAACCGAAACAGUAUUCGAGUCUGUGAAUCAGGAAGCAGAUCGUCUAGAAAAGAAGAACAAAGCAAAAAAAUUAGCGCGAUUUUAUGAUGAUGAGAAGGAAAGUGAUUGCAUAUUGCAGGGUUAUAUUAAAAAACGUGGCAAUUCAUUCGCAUCCGGAUGGCAAACGAAAUAUGCCAAGUUGUAUCCUAAUAGACUGGAACUCUUGCCACCAAAUCGGAACAACAAGCCAGAAUUAAUAUUUAUGGAUCAAAUCGAGGAAGUGGCUGCCGAUGUGCCAUAUAAAAAUGAGUCAAGCAUUCAAAUUAAGUUAAAAGACAAUAUGCAGCGCAUCAUUUUGUAUAAUCAGGAUCAAAUUGCCCAAAAGGAAUGGAUACAGUCAAUACGUCUCGCGCACAAAACGAGUCAGGAGCUACUUGGAUCGAUAACAAACAAAAAAGUCGGCAAAAUUUACGGCACAGAGAUCGAAUCGACAAAUAAAUCAGUAACAAUAAGUCCACCAGCAACAAGUAUACCAGCAAAAAACACGAAUGGAUCCAACUAGCGAUUACUUUUACGAUCUCGGUCCUGUUUUAUUGAGCCGAAUCGUAUAAAGGAUACGCAAUUGAAAGCAAAAAGCAAAGAUACUUAAAAAGUUUCUCUCGCAUCACACCUUUUGUAGCGCGUUUUUUAUGGAGAAGGAAACUUCGCCGUCUUUUUGCCUCGUCCCCCCGACUCCCCUCUCGACUGUCGAUCUUCUUGCUAUCCUUUUUAUGAUUCAAUGAAGAAAUGAAAAAAAAAAAAUCAUUUCCACACGCUUUUGGUGUGGGUUAAAAAUAAUGAAAGUAAUGAAAAAUUUAGUAAAUUUUAAGGUGAAGAUCCAUGUUUGUAUGGACGUUAAAAAUAGUUUUUAAAAAUGAUAAUUGUUGAGUAUUUCAUGUUUAAAGAUGAUAUAGGAUUACCGGGUGGAAUGUUGAUUAUUAGGUUGGUGGAUUUUGAAUGGAAAUUUGGAAAUCUUUUAGAAAUUGGGCAAUCAUAACCUCAAAAUUCUAAUCGAUAACCUCAAAAAUUGAAUUUAUAACCUCAAAAUCCAUCAAAAGGCACGCAAAAGUUAAAUUCAACCGGCCAACAAUUAAGUAAAAAAUCAGUUUUUACAUGAAAUAAAAUAAAUUAAAAAGAAAAUCAAGAAAUUUAAAAUGAAAAAAUUUCUAACUUUAGACUUGAUGAAGAAUUUUUAACUAGAAGAUUAACAUUAUCGAUAGCAUAAAAUAAAUUUUUUGUAACAAAAAAAAAAGCAUGAAAACAUUCAAUUUCAUCGUAAAUAUCAUCUCUCUAUAAGUAACCCUUCAGAAUACCUAUCUCUAUGACUUCCUAUAUCUCUUUUGCAUUUCUCUGAAUUUCUUAAAUGAAAUUGCCCCAAAAAUGCCUCAAAUACAUGUGUGUAGGAAAAUAUAAUUAAUUUCUUUUGUAUUAAAAAACUUAGACAAAUGUGAAAAAAUAAAAAAUGUAUGCAAACAAAGAAGUAAUGUAAAACUAAUGAUUUUAUAAAACAAAUAAAAGUUCUGAAUUAUUGAGAUGGUUAGUGUAGGGAAUGUGGGCAUUUCGGAUGUUAAAUAAUUGUGAUUAUUGAUUUUUGGUUCUUUUUCAAUUUUUAUUAAAUUACUUUAAUUUUUAAAACGUUUUUAAAGUUUUUUUUCAAAUUUAUUUUAAAUAUUUCAAUUUUUUUUAAAUUAUUUUAAUUUUGUAGUAUUAUUUUAAAUUCCUUAAAAUAAUUGACGCUUUUAAAUUUUUUAAACGUUCGUACUUUUUUAAAUUUCGACUUAAAGCUUCAUAAGGACCUACAAAACCUACAACCCAUCUCAUAGCGUUUAUUGACUAUAAAAAUAAUAAUAAAUACACCCAUGGCAAUCAAUUCCAUACAAUCUAGUCUCUUAUUUCAAUUUCAAAGUUUAUUUUAAUUUUUUAAUACUUUUUUAAAUAUUCAAAGCCAAUUUCUCUUGCAUAUCGAUGGACAACUCCUACUUAAUUGUGACAAAUAUUGUUGAAAUUUUAGAAAACAUUAAAAACUUAUUUAAAAUAAAAAUAAAAUUGUAGAAAUGAAUGUAAUUGAGAGCUUUAUUCAAGAAUAAUUGAACUUUCUGUUCUAAUCAUGACAAAAAAUUGAAAAAUUUGAUUCAAAAUGACAAAUUUUAACCCCAAGUUGACAGAAAAAUCCAAAAACAAAUUGAAACAUUUCCCAAACUUUUCUCAUCUUUCUUCCUUUUCUCAUCUACUAAAACAGUUAACGUUUCCAUUGAGGAUGUGAUUUUAAUUUAAAACUGAAAAAUUUUAGCGAAAAAUUUAAAAAUCAUUCACUCCUCAUAAAAAAAAUUAAAAAUAUGUUCAUCGGUGUAAAUAGUGAAAAUAAAAAUUUAAAAAAAUGUGGUUAUAAAAGUAAAAUAAAUAUUAGAAAAUAAUGCAAAACAUUUCAUAGGAAGUUGAUGUUUGAAGUAAAAAUAAUUUAUAAUAAAAUAAUAAACGGUGAAGUUUUAGAGAAUCAAUAGGGCAUUUAAAAUAAAUGAAAAUCAAUAAAUAAAUGAAAUUUAAAAAAUUUGAAAAUGUUUUUG